UCGUUAGGUUGGGUUUUUUUUUUUUUUGUUUUUUUUAUCAAAAUACAAACUUGGAACCAUUGUUAUCAAACUAUAGUUUAUCUUUUUAAAAAGACGAUAACCAGAGAUUGAUAGUGAACCAUGGAAUGUGUUGGCCGGCUGUGUUUGCUCACAGCCGUCUUUCUAGUGUUUUCAGAAAGCGUAAAGACUAUAACGGGAUUCACUACAGAUUCCUACACGAAAUCAGAGUCUACAACUGAUCAUGUUUUACCAGUCGCGCAAGUUCCACCAGGUUCAGUACCACUUACUGCAGGAAGUGGAGUGAUCACUUCCCCCGGGUACCCAUCACCCUAUCCGAACCGCUGGCAUUCCAGCUCAUUUACAUCUCCGAGAUAUCUGUCUUCGAUAAAUGUUCCCGAGGGUGUACAGUAUGUGGAAUUCCGAUUCGUAGAUUUUCACAUCGAAGCAUGCGGAGGAGGAAAUUCAAUGUGCCACUGUGAUGGAUUAAUCAUUGAACAUCUCGGAAGACGACUCUGUGAUAACAACCCACCCGGGCCGGGUGGAAUCAUCAGAUUUGUGUGUAAGAUACAGUAUGAUUGUAAUAAUUAAUGCUUGAUGAAGGAAGGAAAUGUUUUAUUUAACGACACACUCAACACAUUUUAUUUACGGUUAUAUGGUGACAG